UCAGGGCGCUGGCAGGAAGUGCUGGUAGAGGGCAGGGCGACAGCUGACACGCCCGGCUGAGUGCUCCCUUCCUUCCACCUUCCAGGCUCCGGCGGGACUGACGGUCCCCUGCCAAGAGAGGUGACAGCCGCAGCACCUCUCUCCGCUUCCCUUAGCCGUCGCUGUCGCCGUCGCCAAGAAUCCCCGCGGGCCAUGUUUUCCAGCCUGUGGAGAUGGGGCGCUAGCGGCUCCUACCAGCGGGUCCCCCAAGGCUCCUGGACGCAGAAAUGCAGUCCAGAGAAAAGUGCUUCAUUCUUCAGUAGGAUAACAUAUUCCUGGUUUAGCAGGAUAAUUAUUUUAGGCUAUAAGAAACCUUUGGAAAGAGAGGAUCUUUUCGAACUAAAUGAAAGUGAUUCCUCCUAUGUCCUGUGUCCCAUCUUUGAAAAACAAUGGAGGAAGGAAGUUUUAAGAACUCAAGAGAGGCAAAAAGUAAAGUCAUCUUUUCAUAAAGAGGCACAUACCAGGAAACCCUCUCUUCUCUGUGCGUUGUGGAAUACCUUUAAGUUUGUCCUGAUUCAAGUGGCUUUAUUCAAAGUAUUUGCUGAUGUUUUGUCCUUCACUAGCCCACUCAUAAUGAAGCAAAUGAUCAUUUUCUGUGAACGUCGCCUAGAUUUUGGCUGGAGUGGCUAUGGUUAUGCUUUGGCGCUUUUUGUUGUAGUCUUUUUGCAAACCCUCAUCCUUCAGCAAUACCAACGUUUUAACAUACUCACUUCAGCAAAGAUUAAGACAGCUGUAAUUGGAUUGAUCUACAAAAAGGCCAUGCUUUUAUCUAAUGUUUCUAGAAGGACAUUUUCCACUGGGGAAAUUAUUAACUUGAUGUCAGCAGAUGCCCAGCAGCUUAUGGAGUUGACAGCAAACAUCAAUCUCCUUUGGUCAGCCCCUUUUCAAAUCCUGAUGGCCAUAUCACUCCUUUGGCAAGAGUUGGGUCCAGCAGUGUUAGGAGGAAUGGCAGUCCUUGUGUUUGUUGUACCAAUAAAUGCUUUGGUUGCAACUAGAGUGAAAAAGCUGAAGAACAGCCAAAUGAAGACCAAAGAUAAGCAGAUAAAAUUGCUCAAGGAAAUCUUGCAUGGAAUUAAGAUCCUCAAACUUUACGCAUGGGAACCCUCUUAUAAAAAGAAGAUUAUUGAAAAUCGAGAACAGGAAUUAGAAGUUCAUAAAUCAAUUGGGUAUCUUGCUGUAUUUUCUAUGUUGACAUUAACUUGCAUUCCAUUCUUGGUGUCUCUGGCAACAUUUGGCAUCUAUUUCUUAUUGGAUGAAGGAAACAUUUUAACAGCCGCUAAAGUGUUCACAUCUAUGUCUUUGUUCAAUAUUUUGAGGCUUCCUUUGUUUGAUUUACCAACAGCGAUCUCAGCUGUGGUCCAGACAAAAUUAUCGCUGGGUCGUUUGGAAGACUUUCUCAACAGUGAAGAACUUCUUCCUCAAAGCAUUGAAACAAACUACGUAGGAGAUCAUGCCAUUGGUUUUACAAAUGCUUCCUUUUCCUGGGAUAAAACAGAGAUCCCAGUAUUAAAAGACUUGAACAUAAAGAUUCCAGAAGGAGCCUUAGUGGCCAUUGUAGGCCAAGUUGGGUCUGGAAAGUCAUCUGUGCUUUCUGCCAUUCUGGGGGAAAUGGAGAAAAUUAAAGGAGUAGUCCAAAGAAAGGGCUCCAUGGCUUAUGUUUCCCAGCAGGCCUGGAUUCAGAAUUGCAUUUUUCAAGAAAACAUUCUCUUUGGCUCCGUCAUGCAGAGGCAAUUUUAUGAGCGAGUAUUGGAAGCCUGUGCUCUUCUUCCCGAUUUGGAGCAGUUACCAAAUGGAGAUCAAACUGAGAUUGGAGAAAGAGGUGUGAAUAUAAGUGGAGGCCAGAAGCAUCGAGUAAGUCUGGCCAGAGCUGUCUAUAGUGGGGCCGACAUCUACCUCCUAGACGAUCCCUUGUCUGCAGUUGAUGUUCACGUUGGAAAGCAACUUUUUGAAAAAGUAAUUGGAUCUUCAGGCAUUUUGAAAAACAAGACUCGAAUUUUAGUGACCCACAACCUCACACUUCUACCACAGAUGGAUCUUAUUGUGGUAAUGGAAGGUGGCAGAGUAGCGCAAAUGGGAACAUACCAGGAACUUCUGUCUAAAACCAAAAAUCUCACAAAUUUCCUUCAGAUCUUCAGUGAGCAAGAAAAAGAUCAUGCCUUAAGGCGAGUCAGUAUAAUCAACUCCAAAACUGUACUGAAAGACAAAGUCCUGGAGCAAAACGAUAGGCCCUUACUGGAUCAAGGAGAACACUUCUCAGUGAGAAAAGAAAAGGUCCCUGUUGGUGGGGUGAAGUUCUCAAUCAUUCUGAAGUACCUCCAAGCUUUUGGCUGGCUCUGGGUGUGGCUGAACAUGGCCCUUUACCUAGGGCAGAAUUUAAUGGGCAUUGGACAGAAUCUAUGGCUUAGUUCCUGGGCAAAAGAAGCAAAGCACAUGAGUGACUUCACAGAACGGAAGCAAAUAAGAAGCAAUAAACUUAGCAUCUAUGGGCUAUUGGGAUUAAUGCAAGGUCUUUUUGUUUGCUCAGGAGUUUAUACAGUCAUGAGAGGAUCUUUGGCUGCCUCUCGAACUUUGCAUGCUCAGCUGUUGGAUAAUGUGCUGCAUCUCCCACUCCAGUUUUUUGAAAUCAAUCCCAUAGGCCAAAUCAUCAAUCGGUUCACCAAGGACAUGUUUAUAAUUGAUAUGCGUUUCCACUACUACUUACGGACCUGGGUGAAUUGCACCUUGGAUGUUAUUGGAACAGUUUUGGUCAUUGUGGGAGCUUUUCCACUCUUCAUUCUGGGGGUUAUUCCCUUGGUUUUCCUCUAUUUCACUAUACAAAGAUACUACAUGGCUAGCUCUCGGCAGAUUCGGAGGCUGGCAGGGGCAUCUCGCUCUCCUGUCAUUUCCCACUUCAGCGAAACUCUGUCGGGAGUGUCCACAAUCAGGGCAUUUGGACAUGAGCAAAGGUUCAUUCGGCAAAACAAAGAGCUGGUGAAUGAGAAUUUGAUCUGUUUCUACAACAGUGUGAUCGCAAACAGGUGGCUGUCUGUUAGACUUGAAUUUCUUGGCAACCUAAUGGUGUUGUUUGCUGCACUGCUUGCUGUGCUGGCUGGCGAUUCUAUAGAUUCAGCAAUUGUUGGUUUGUCCAUAUCCUAUGCCCUAAAUAUUACUCAAUCUUUGAAUUUUUGGGUAAGGAAAGCAUGUGAAAUUGAAACCAAUGCAGUGUCCAUUGAAAGAGUUUGUGAAUAUGAAAAUAUGGAUAAAGAGGCACCUUGGAUAAUGUCUAAAAGGCCUCCAUCACAAUGGCCCAAUAAAGGGAUAGUGGAAUUUAUUAAUUAUCAGGCUCGAUACCGAGAUGAUCUUAGUUUAGCAUUACAAGAUAUCACUUUCCAGACUCAUGGGGAAGAGAAGAUUGGAAUUGUGGGACGAACUGGAGCUGGCAAAUCAACACUAUCAAAUUGUCUAUUUAGAAUUGUGGAAAGAUCAGGAGGCAAAAUUCUUAUUGAUGGAAUUGACAUAUCUACUAUUGGGCUUCAUGACCUUCGUGGCAAACUUAAUAUUAUUCCGCAGGAUCCGGUUUUGUUUUCUGGAACGCUUCAAAUGAACCUGGACCCCCUAGACAAGUAUUCUGAUGGCGAGCUGUGGGAGGUGCUGGAGCUGUGUCAUUUAAAAGAGUUUGUACAGUCCCUUCCGAAGAAGCUGCUGCAUGAGAUUUCAGAGGGUGGGGAAAACCUCAGUGUUGGACAACGACAGCUCAUCUGUCUUGCUCGUGCAUUGUUGCGAAAAGCAAAAAUUCUCAUCUUGGAUGAGGCAACAGCCUCCAUUGAUUUUGAGACAGACAGCUUGGUGCAGACCACAAUCAGGAAGGAGUUUUCUGAUUGCACCAUUCUGACUAUUGCUCACAGACUUCAUUCUGUCAUUGAUUCAGACAGGGUGCUUGUUCUAGACUCUGGAAGAAUCGCAGAAUUUGAAACACCACAGAGGUUGAUACGCCAGAAAGGACGUUUCUUUGAAAUGCUAACAGAAGCAGGAAUAACACAAGACUUGGGGCCAAAAAAUAAAUAGCUUUAGUUGUAUAUUGAUUAUACCAAAUAAAAAAAUCAAUAUUUGAAAAAAUAAUGACAGGGGAGAAAUGCAAAAAAGCAUCCCCCUAAGCUAUGUGUUGGCAGAAAUAGAGAUGAGCACUGUAAUUGUAGCCAUCCUGGGCUCUACCCAACCUUCUCUCUUCCAUUCAUGCUCUAGGGAAUAUCUGCCUUCUCCAUGUUGCCCAAAAUGCUAUAUAUGAUUUAUACUUUAAGUCUCUGUUCAGAAGUCACCUUCUUUGGAGUUUCUGUUGUGGAUCAGUGGUAAUGAACCUGACUAGUAUCCAUGAGCACGCACGUUUGAUCCCUGGUCCCCCUCAGUAGGUUAAGGAUCUGGUGUUGCUGUGAGCCAUAGUGUUGGUCACAGACAUUGCCGUGGCUGUGGCGUAGGCCUGCAGCUGCAGCUCUGAUUUGACCCCUCACCUGGGAACUUCCAUAUGCCGCACAUGUGACCCCCCCCAAAGAAAGUCACCUUCUUCACAGAUAUGCCCAGAAUUCCCCCUUUGCUCUUCAUUCUAAUCCAGACUGUGCUCUGAUUAGUCCCAUGUGCUUACCUUUAUUCUGGCAGAUAUCAUACUCUAUUUUAAUUUUUUAUCUGUCUCCCCAUUAAAGGCAACAACCCAAUUUUAGCCAAGUUUGUGUGUUAGGUUCCUAGGAUAGUACCUUUCAGAUCAUUGAUACUAAACAAACAUUCGUAGAAUGAAUGACUAGGCAUUUUAGAGUAAUAUGAUUCAGAUAUUUUUAUACAUAUUUAUUAUGUGUUGAGUUACUGUAAGGUGUAUAAAAUUAUGGGAGAAAUCACAAAAACUAUUGAGCUAUACAGCUGCUUUCUGGAAAGAGUAUAUGUUAACUAAUGUUUUAUGAUACACUUUAUUUUAAAAUAAUAUUUUAUAAUAUACUUACUCGGGUAAAGAAAAUAUUUUCUGUGGAGCAUCAUGUUUUGGCUGAAUUAAACUCAGUAAGUUAUGUAUCAGAAAUUGAUGAUUUGUAGUACUAAUUAUAUUUUGAAAGGUUUUUUUGUUUGGUAGUUUUACAUACUAGAAACAUUAUUUCUCUGAAUUGCCCUUCACAUUUGAAGUUUCCAAACUUCAAUAGUAUUUUCCUUUCAAGAUGAUUUUAAUAAAAUAUUUGAACAUGUUAAGAUGCAUCAGUCUUUCCUUUUAUCGUCUUUUUUCUCCUUGCUAUGUAACAACUUUGUGCCACCUUGCUUUAUCCUCUAAGGGUAUUUAUGAAAAGUUUCCUUAAAAGUCAUGAAACACUGUGUUAAAGCUUCCUUCCUUAGAAUGUAAGCUACCUAAAAUGUCCUGUCUUUACAAUCCCUGUAGUGCCUAGCACUGUUUUGUAUUCUGUAACCAUUGAAUAAAUAGCUGUUGAAUUCCAUUGAGAAAGGGAACUGGAUAUUUCAUAAAUAUCGGUUAAUGUUUUAGCCUAUUUAUACCUGUAGUCAUCAAUCACAGCCUCUUCACAUAUAUUUGAAGAGUAAAAGGAAAGGAAAAAUAAAUAUGACUAAGCCAAAAUUACUCAAGAUAAUGUUAUUGUGUUAAAAAAAUUAAUAUUAGUAGUGAACAAAAAAGGUACUAUAGGACUAUAUCAUGGGCUGGAUAAGGCAGCACAGUAGUGGGGCUAAACAUGGACUGGAUUUUGAAUAACUGCUACUUAUUAACUGUAUAAUCCUGAGGAAACUACUUAACACAUUUAUGCCUUACUUUUCCUAUCUGAAAAUGGGGAUAACAGUACCUACUUAUGUUUGCUAGAACAAAGUUAAAAUAAUUAAUAUUAUUACAACAUUUAGAACACUCCUGGUACAUAUUAAGCACUCCAUCAUAUACUGAAUAGUAAGUGAAUAAAAAGUCAGCUUAAAACAACAAAAAUGUAUCAUCUCAGUUUCCAUGAAUGAGAAUCUGGAAAUUGCUUAGCUGAGUGAUUCUGGCUUAGGGUCUCUCACAAAACUACAUUUGAAUUUUAACUGUGGCUCAUCAUGUGAAACCUUGAAUACCAGGUCAGGAGCAGAGUCACAUUAGAAGCUGCCUGCCUCAAUGGGGCACUGUUUAUUUGUCAAGUGAAAUAAAUAUGGAUGUGUCACUCUAUUUCUUCAUACACUUGAAUCACUCAGCAAUGGUAGUUAAAACAGGUAUUAAGGAAUCACAGGAACUAGUGACUGGAGAGUCAAAACUACUAGUUUUAUUUAAGGGUUCAUUUGAAAAGACUGUAUUAAUCAAAGGAGUUUCUUAAAAAAAUACAUAUUGAGCUUUUUGCCCAAAGAAUAAUACAAAUUUUAUUAGAUAAUUAUAAAAGUAUUAAUCACCAACCAAAAGAUUAUAGCAGUCCAUCAUAUAUGAUUAUUUAUAAGCUAUCUAGAUUAAUUUUGUCUCCAUUAUGGUCAAAAUCCAUGCAUUGGUAUUCAUAACUCAUGAUAUAAGAAAUGUCUUCUAAAUUAGAGAAAUAAGUAGAAAAGUAAGCAAUUCCUGGGCAUAUUCAGGAUGAAGGGAACUAGGCGACAGCCACUCAAGUCAUGUGCCUUGAGCAUCAGAUCAGCUCUACCUCCAUUUCCUUUCUUACUGACAUACCUCAAAAACGUACUCUGGCCUACUCUGGAAUAGAAAAUAAAGGACACGGUUUAAAAAACAAACUGCAAAGUAGUAUUUAUUUACAUUAAAAGUGAAUUACCUGUAUACACUUAAGAGGCACAAUUUGUUAUGCACAAUAACUAUGCUCUUCAGAACAUGUUAUAUAACACAAUAGUUAUCUGCUGAUACAUCAGUGGUUCCCGUGAAAACACAGUAAGUACCAAAACAUUCCUGACACAAAAUAAAUUACUCAUUCACAUAUUCUAAUCAUACAAGACAAUUAAUAUUUUAAGUUAUGUACUUCAAAAAACACUAGCAAGAUGUACAACCAAAAUGUAUUAAGUUUGUUUUAUGAAAAGUGUCUUCAGAUUAUGCAUUAAUGAUCCCUUUCAGGAUACACUUUUAUCUUUUAAAUAAAUAAACUACAUUGAUUUCAAGACUAUUUAUAUAUAACCUCCUAAAAUAUGAAGACAGACAUUACUUCAUUUUUUUAAAGGUAUAACCACUCUAGAGAAUAUGCUACUAUUGUCCCCAAAGUCCAACACUGCCUUUGUAUUUUUUGGACACAAUCAAAUUAUUUAAAUUCAAUUAUAGGGUAUGAGAUUAGCUGCCCUUAUUUUGCAAACUGUUUCCUCUAAAAAGUGUUAAGAGAUUGUCCUGAACUAUCUCAUACACUGGAGAAAUUCAAGCUUUUAAAAAAAAUCUUAAAAUGCUUUAGGUUAAAGCUGAUAAUAUGUGGAGAUUCUGAUAAACUGAACACUUUUAAAGACCUCCGCAAAAAGAUAUUUAUCAAUUCUAAAAUUUAUUAAAGAUUUAUAUACAGUCCAAGAGAACACUUGAAUAUUCUCCUAUCGCAGUGAAGGAUUCCUCUUUGGCAUUUCUCCUUAGUUCUGAAAUAAAACACGUAAACAGACAUUUUGUUUUUCUAUCUACCUACUACAGACAAUUUCUAUACACAAAAGUAUUUAAUUGAAAUUGUUUUAAUAACAAUUUCAUUGCUAAGAAAUUUUUUUUUUUUUUUUUUUUUUGCAAAAAACACUCAGCUGUUUACUUUAGAAGCUGAAAUGUUCUGAUGUUGCUGAAGAGUUUGCUUAUUUCUCUUUUUCAGUGAUUGGAAACCCAACAUCCUUUUAAAUUCAACAAUGGAUAAAGCAGACAUAUUUCAUAUCAGCAAAAAUGUUGACCAGAGUUUAAUUUUUGAAUAUUGACAGGAAGUUCGCCUCUAUUAGGGAAAAAAAAAUCUUCAAAUAAUAGGAGCAUCACAGAAAUAAAACUGUUGUAUUUUCUUUCUUGGUUCCUAUAGCUUUUCUAAAAGGACACAAACCAAAACUACAACAAAUGCUGAUUUGUGGUCAUUUUUUCACAUUGCUUUCCACAUUAGAUUUCCAUAUUACUUCCAGUAUUCAUCAAGUUUUUGCUCUCAUCAGAGAUUAACCUUAAGGCUAAAAAGAGUCCAAGUCUGAUUUUUUAAAUGAUGGAAACAAAGUUUUAACAAAUGAGUACAAUUUUCUGCAUUCAAAACUAAAUAUGCAGAAAAAUCUCAGUGAAACAAAAUCGACUGCAAGCUAAAUUCUCCAGGGAUUACUGAAAAUAAACAGUGAAACAAAACCAAAAAUGUAAAAUAAAUGAAUAUUGUACCUAAUUACUGCUGUUUACCAAUGUCUAUAAAGGUCUUAAAUAACAACAACAAAAAAAGACAGUAAUGACAGCUUUACUGUGACACCACCACAUUUUAAGAAUGCAAUUAUAUAAAUUUCUAACCAGGCAGAAUCACGGAGAUCCAAGCAGAGAAUGAGGCAUAGCAGAUGAAGGAACUAAAAUACAAAUUGGGUAUUUCUACUCUCUGGCAAUGAAACAUUUUAAUAAAUCUACAGCUACUUUAGAAAGAAAAUAAACUGAUCCAAUAAAAAUAUUUUAAAAAUCUGGAGAAUGGGGGUUACGUGAAUAGGACACAUAAUGCGAUACUGAAUUUAAGUACUUUUGUUACAAAAUAGGGCAGUUACUGGAUAUUGUAUAUGCAGCUUUUAUUAACAAUACUGCUUAUCUCCCAGCCAAUGUAAGUACCUGACAUCACCACUGUCCUUCAAGUAUAGUUCAAAUUAAGAGUUACAGGU